AUGACCACAAACUUCAGUUUACCAAAAACUCUUAGACGGAGCGGGAGUUUACCGUCUUCAAGAACCGUACGAAUUGUCAUUUUAGGACAGGCUGCAGUUGGGAAAACAGCGCUCGCAGUGCGAUUUAUCACCAAAAGAUUUAUUGGCGAGUAUGACCCAACUCUAGAGACCAUUUACAGGCAUGAGAUGGUAAUAGGAGGAGACGUUGUUCACUUUGAGAUACUGGAUACAGCUGGACAGGAGGAGGAUGCCCUUCUGAUUGAAGAAAAGAUUAAAUGGGGUGAUGGAUUUCUCAUUGUGUAUUCUGUGACGGAUAGAUGCAGCUUUGAUGAGGUCAUGCGACUUUGUUUCCUGGUCAACCACAUCCACACAGCUGGUGCAAGACGGAGCAAUGUUGAGCCACCACCCAUGCUAAUUGUGGCUAAUAAGAAGGACCUUGAAUUUGACCGGAUGGUAAGCACUGAGGAUGGGGAGAACUUAUCACGGGGCCUCAAGUUACCCUUCCAUGAAGUCUCAGCACGAGACGGAUGGGAAGAGACAGCAGGAGUCUUCCAGGCUCUUUAUAGUGACAUAGUGCAACAGCUGGACUCAUCACCUCCCUCCUUUCGUCGACGUGCUGUUUCCAAACUGAUGGAGAAAAUUCCCAGAAUUCACUCUAAUUCUGCACUGGGUGGGACUGGACGCAGCUUCAGCUUUAGUUCAUUUAGAGACUUCCUGCCAGACUGA